AUGUGGUGUGUGGAGACCAUCUCAUCCCGGCAGACAGACAUGCAGAGGUUUAUUGCAGAAGGAUGUAAGGAAGCUCUGCUAGAAGAGAAAAGGAGGUUCUGCUUCCUAGUGGAGAAACACUGUGCCUUCACCUAUCAGCUAACAGCCUUCCAUGACAAGGCCAAGGAGAUGCUGACCGUCACACUGCCCAGCUGGCAAGAUAAGUGUACCGAUGCCUCCAGAGUGCCAGACACAGUGAUAACCAUGAUUGAGGGUCUGCAGACUCCAAUGUCAGUCAUACCAGAGUACUCGCCUACAUUGGAGCACAGUGACAGGACCAAUUCCGGUUCAAUUGUUCCGCCACCGGCCCCAUCACUCAAAGCCCACACAAGCCCACUGGCCAGCAUGUUCUCCCAGGACGUUCCUAAAAGCCCCAUCUCAUCAGAGCUGUACUCAGAUCAAGACAGCCUAGACGGAAACGGCUUGUCUAGGUCUGAGUCUGUGUCUAGCGGUAUGGAUAUGGCGAAGAAGACCAGGGUGCAAACUAUCUUCCCCCACACAGCAGGGAAUAACGAGACCCUGCUGGGCUUUGAAGAUGGAGACAUCAUUACACUGCUUAUUCAAGAGGAGAGGGAUGGAUGGCUGUAUGGAGAACUAGAACAUACUGGACAACGGGGCUGGUUUCCCUCAUCUUAUUGUCGGGCUUACAAUGAGUCCGUGAUUGCCAACAGCAGAGUUGAGAGCCCAUUGCGUAGCCAGAGUGUGACUGAUCCAGAGCAGCCGGAGGAAGACGAGGAGGUGGAGGAACCCAUGUUGCUGCCCCCGCCUGACUACAGUGACUCAUCCAGGGACAGACCCAUCAAGCCCUCCACCCCCUCUCCACAGAACAUGCAGGCAUCUUUGCCAAAUGGUCACUCAGUGCCGCCAUUCCUUGGGAGUGGGAAUCCAUUUGCCACCGUCAAACUACGACCCACCAUCACAAAUGACAGAUCUGCACCAAUCAUAUGAUGAGACUGCAUGCAGCCCCUGCCCUGAUGUGAAGUUGUGUCUCAGAGGUUUUGCCUAUAUUGGUGCAUUGCAGAUAUGGCAAUGGAACCAAAUGAAAGGGUUCUGUUACAACAUCAGUUUUAAUCCUUAAAGUUUCUAAAAAUGCAAACCUGCAGAUUAAAAUUUCCAGGAGGCAUUAUUUAUAAGAAUUUUAGACUUUGAUUAAAUUAUUUUAAAUUGUAACUGGAUUCAUACACUUGAGUUUCCAAGAGAAUGCACAGCACCAAACAGGCUCUUGAAUAGCUAUUUUCUGACCAUAUUGGUCCUCUAUGUCUGGGGCUUUGUAAAGGUAAACCAAAAACCCAAAUGUAUAUUUUAAGGUUGGAGGUAUUGCAGCCCCUAAUUAGAAACACGUCGCAUAACCAGAUCAAAUUUCAUUUCAAAAUCCAGUGAAGUAGUGUGAGGUUUGCCAGUUGCCAAAGUGUUUCAGUUGGCAUGGAUUAAUUUUAGCCUGUUUUUGUUAUACGAUAUCAUGGUUUUGUUGUUUUAAAAUGCUUAUGUAUUCCUUAUCCUUCACACCUUUUACACAUUUAAAGAACGACAAUGUAAAGACACUUAGUUGAAUUGUUUAUUCCUCAUGUUAAAGAUGAGUGCAAUGUGUGGUGAUAACAUUCUUACUAGCUGCACAGUUGAAUGUUGGCUUAUUGGCUUUAGCUGGACAUCAGCUCAAACUCAUGAGCAUUUUUCACUAUGGAAGAAAAAUCCUUGGGUCCUAAGUAAAUACAUACUGAUUGUUUUUUUAACGAAGUCUUGUAAAUUUGUGUACAUGUUAUGCCUUUGCAAUCAUGUUAUCAUAUAGGGGAUACAGUCUUUUCUUUCAUACCUUUUUCUUUUUGUGCUGUGAUAUUGAACCAUUGCCCCAAUUCUUGUCAUACCACAUUACUCCGAAAUAAAAAUGUGUUAGAUAUUA